CGCUUUUUGGACAUUCUGAUGCAUGAUCGUGUUUUAAACUGCAAUUAUAGAGAAAAAGUUAAAACAUUGCUACUAUAGAUUAAAUAGGAAGAACCAAUGGCCCCAAAUCCAUUGACGCCUAGGCAAAGAAGAGCUUUAAAACGGGAAGUUAGACCAGGUGCACAUUCACCAUUAGUAAAACACAAAAAGACAUUACAAAGAAAUAGCACAAUGUCAAGACAACGGAAAAAUUCCCCUAGAAUUAGCAUGCCUGAAAACCCUGCCGCAAAGAGUACAAGCCCACAGUCAUUCAAUAGUAGAGGUAGACUUAGAAGGACAAGACAGCAAACAAUACCAGCGAUAUUCAAGCGUGGCAAAGGUCCUACAAAUUCUGGGAAAGCAAUUGAUGUAUCAAACGGCACAACCAGAGAAGAUCUUCCAUCACUUGAAAGCACUGAAGAAGGCUCCUCAUCUGAUAACACAAAAGAGGGAAAGCCUCAUAGUGGUUUAAAAGGAGAUGAAAGCUCAAACCAUUCUCCUAGGUUGCCUUCAGUAGAAUGUAGCACAAACAUUUCAACAGGCAAAGAGGCCAGGCAAUGUCAAUUGGGUAACACAUUCCCUGAUCAAAAGAUAAAGUUGGUUAGCAGAAGUGAAGAAAGUGGUAAGCGCAGAAGCAGGUCUUUAGACAGAGAUACAUCAUUAACAAACAAGAAAAAGAGGCCAUCGAGCUUGCCCUCAAGAGUAAGGAAUAAGUCUGCAAGCCCUUCAACAAGAAAAGCUAAGGUGUCAUUAGAGGCAGGGCCUUCAAAUUUACACCAUGGAGCUGCCACAAUUGAGGAUUCUGGACCAAGUGUAGAUCCCCCUGGAACUCCACUCAGAAGGCUAAGGGGGAAGUCUAUAUGGAAAAAUGAGGCAAGUCAGGAAGCUAGAGUCGACACAGCAACAAGGAAGAAAAAGACUAAACAUCAUGCUUCACAAGGCAAUCCCUCUGGAGACCAGCUAGUGCCAAGCUCUGAUGAGAAGAUUCCCCAUGUGGAAGAGGCCUGUAUCACAGAGAGUAUGGAGCAAGCUGAAAAAGAGAUACACCAGCAAUUACACAAAGAUGAUGAUACUGAGUGCAAAGAGAGUGUUAAGGAGUGGCAUGACAUGGUGGAGCAGCAGAGAUUUGCACGCCUACAGCACUUGCUUGACAAGUCCAACAUCUACUGCCAGUUCCUCCUCAAACGAAUGGAGGACCAGCGUAAAGAAGAGGAGAAUCGCCAAAAGAGACGAGAGAAAAAAGAGGAGAACAAGCUGGCCAAACAGGAGCAGCAGGUGCCUGAAGUAAAAGAGAAGAGAGCUACUCGAAGUGGACUAAAAGAAGCCUCAGACAGCCAAGAUUCAGUCAGCCCUGGUGUACCAAAAACACCAGCCCGGCGUGGUCGGAAAAGAAAAGCAGAGGGUGAUCCAAAGGCAUCUUAUAAAAUAGCAGACUACAUUUCAGAAGAGGCAAUUGUGAAGAAACAGAAGCUUGGUCAGAAAGAAAAUAAGACACCCCCAACAUCACCUUCCAUACAACAAGUUCCCAAGGGAAAAUCACCCAAGCAUGCCCCCAAGGAGAUUGCAGCUCAAACACGCUACAUAAAUGGCGAGGAAGUGUCACCUCUACAGCCAGUCCUGCUGACGGGUGGAGCACUUAGAAGUUACCAGCUAGAGGGCGUGGAGUGGCUGAAGGGUCUGUAUGAGAAUGGUGUUAAUGGCAUCCUAGCAGAUGAAAUGGGACUUGGAAAGACAAUUCAGUGUAUCGGACUUGUCUCUUAUCUUAUUGAGAUGGGGGUUCGUGGACCUUUUCUUGUGGCAGCUCCACUGUCAACCCUUCCCAACUGGGUGUCUGAGUUCAGACGGUUCUCUCCUCAAAUCCCUGUCAUCCUAUACCACGGUAGUAUCCAAGAACGCACAAGUCUGAGGCGUAAAAUAACCAAGCUGAAGAAAGCAGGCCCCUUUGAGACCAUGCCAGUGGUAGUCACAUCCUAUGAGAUCGCCAUGAACGAUCAGAAGCACCUCUUCCAGCUCAUGUGGAAACACAUGAUUGUGGACGAAGGGCACCGCAUCAAGAACCUCAACUGCAGACUCAUAAGGGAGCUGAAGAGCUAUAACUCAGCCAACAGGCUUCUUCUCACUGGAACGCCUCUACAGAACAACCUUGCUGAGCUGUGGUCACUACUGAACUUUCUCCUGCCUGAUAUCUUUGAUGACUUGAACAGCUUCCAGAGAUGGUUUGACUUUAGUGCAAUUAAUGAUGAGGGAGGUAACGAGAAGAUCAUCGCACAAGAGAAGGAACACCAAGUGCUGGAAAGACUUCACUCAAUCCUGACUCCUUUUCUGCUACGUCGCCUGAAGACAGAUGUAGAGCUAUCUCUUCCCCCCAAGAAGGAGGUCCUUGUACGUGCCCCCCUCACCUCAAAGCAGACAGAAUUCUACAGAGCUGCUCUAGACAAGACUAUUUUAGAUAUCGUUGGGGACAAUAAGGAUAAAGAAGAAGAUAAGGUGGAGAUCAGCUCAACCGGCCGAAAAAAACGCAAGUGUCGAAGAAAUAUCAAUUACAAGAUAUUUGACGAUGAGAAGGGGAGCAUUGAAGAGCUUGCCGAGGAGCUAGCUACACUCGAGAAAUCACGCCGUGAAAUCUGCACGCCAUCCCAAAAGAGCUCCACCUACGAUAUCUCGAUCAAGAUCACCAACAUUCUGAUGCUGUUACGAAAGUGCUGUAACCACCCCUACUUGCUAGAGUAUCCACUUGACCCCGUAACCCAGCAGUACAAGAUAGAUGAAGAGCUUGUUAGAUGUAGUGGGAAGAUGCUGCUUCUUGACCAAAUGGUUCCUGCUCUCAAACGAAGAGGGCACAAGAUCCUAAUAUUUUCUCAAAUGACUAAGAUGCUGGACAUUCUGCAAGACUACUGCUACCUGCGAGGGUAUCAGUACAGCAGGCUUGACGGGAGCAUGAAAGUUGAGGACAGGCGAGAGGAGAUCGAUGCUUUUGCUUCGGAUCCGGAGAGAUUUAUCUUUCUAUUGAGUACUCGAGCAGGAGGCCUGGGGCUAAAUCUGUCGGCUGCAGACACUGUUAUAAUCUAUGACAGUGACUGGAAUCCGCAAAGUGACUUGCAAGCACAGGAUCGAUGUCAUCGCAUUGGCCAGACCAAACCCAUCCUUGUCUAUCGCCUUGUCACGUCUAACACUGUGGAUCAGAAGAUUGUCGAGCGUGCUGCAUCUAAAAGGAAACUCGAGAAGAUGGUCAUAUAUAAAGGUAAAUUCAAAGGCAAAGUUGACGGAACUACUCUCAAUGCUUUGCAACUAAAAGAACUGCUUGAAUCAUCACACCAUGAUGAAAUCAUAAGUAAAGACGAAGUGAUACUUAGUCAAAGCGAGCUUGAAAGCCUCCUCGACCGAUCAUCUAUGUACGUGAAGAGGGAGACUAGCGCCGGUGUGCCUGAUAUUGAUGACACGGACUCUGCCCUUUUUAGGGUCAUUGAAGAAAAGAGUUGACGCUCCAAGCUAUGCUUCAUGAUCAAGAGCUGUAAAAUGACUAGCGAGGUGUUUAAUUGUAUAUUGCUCUAAAACUGGAUAUACCAUCCCCAUGAGAACUUAGAGACAAGAUGUUGUGAAUCUCACUUGAGGAUUACUUACUAUGACUCAUGAUAUACCUUAACAUGUUCAUAAGGAUCUGACGUUUCAUUAGACGGGAACCAUUUUGAAGGACCGUUACGGCAUGUUCCUAUUCGUUAUGUUCGUCUUUGCCAUUCUCUCGCAGCGUAUGUAUUAUCGGUCGCUAGUCGCCCUCAAUGUUCAAUCCUCGUUGAAACGUUUGUUCAUCCAUACUGGAUUCACAUGUCAAAACACAGGUCCCUGGAUGCGGAUUUGCGGAUGCGAGAUGUGGAAAAAGUUCGUGUAACAUCCAUGAGUGUACUUUUUGAUAUUGUUUCACUUUCUCCACUUGAUUUUUACAUCGACUCUAAUAAACGGUUAUUUAAAAACA